AUGGCUUCCGCCUCAAUAGGAGCCUUUGGGAACGCGUUGGCGAGUCCAAUGACAAACGGACAUAGCCCACUCUCAGAGCGGAUUCAAAUCAUUAACGACCAGAAACAAUUCACGUCGGAGCUGACGUCGCAAAUCGAACGCUGGGACCUUCGGGAUGCAGGCUUCAACUACAAUAUUGUUGCUGUCUUUGGUUCUCAGUCCACUGGCAAGAGUACAUUACUGAACAGACUGUUUGGCACUACGUUCGACGUCAUGGACGAAACGAAACGGCAACAGACGACCAAAGGCAUCUGGAUGUGCAGAGGGAAAGACAUGAACAUCAUGGUUAUGGAUGUGGAAGGCACCGACGGCAGAGAACGUGGAGAGGACCAGGAUUUUGAGCGCAAAUCCGCCUUGUUCUCCCUUGCCUCUUCCGAAGUACUUAUUAUCAACUUAUGGGAACAUCAAGUUGGUUUAUACCAGGGCGCUAAUAUGGGCUUGCUCAAGACAGUCUUUGAAGUCAAUCUUGGAUUAUUUGGUGGCAAGAAGGCACAGGACGGCACAAAUGGUCGCACUCUUUUACUCUUCGUCAUCCGUGACCACAUUGGAACCACGCCUCUCGCGAACCUCCAGGCGACUCUUACUGCGGACCUGCAAAGAAUUUGGGACUCCCUAUCCAAGCCGGAUGAACUCAAAGAUCGUCAACUGACAGACUACUUUGACCUUGAUUUCACCGCGCUUCCGCAUAAAAUUCUUGCAACGGACCAGUUCGAGUUAGAAACGCGCAAUUUGAGAGGACGCUUUGUGGACAAGACAAAAUCGGACUACCUUUUCAAAUCUAUAUAUCACAAACGCAUACCAGCCGAUGGCGUGGCGUUCUACAUGGAGAACAUAUGGGAACAAGUCCAAAGCAACAAAGAUCUCGACCUUCCGACCCAGCAAGAGCUCCUUGCACAAUUCCGUUGCGAUGAAAUUUCUGCAGUCGCCCUUACAGAAUUCAACGAACAAGCCAAGCCUCAGAAACGACCUAUUGAAGCUGGAAAGGUUGUAGAAGGACUGGGCGCUAUGAUGCGCAGCUGGCGUACGGUGGCUUUAGAACGAUACGACCGGGAUGCAUCGCGCUAUCACCAAGGCGUUUACAAACGCAAACGCGCGGACUUGAUUGUCUCACUCGAUGCUACGCUAUCGCCUCUGUUCCUAGGUCAAUUGAAGAACUUACACAAGGCAUGUCUCGGAGCAUUCAAGAAAGACAUUCUGGAAGGGAUGAAAGGAGAAGAGUAUAAUUUCGCUGAUGUAGUAAGCAAGGCAAAGGCCAAGUGCGACAAUAGAUUUACAACGGGUGCGAGGGAGAGUGUGGUAGAUGAUUCUGAAGAGGGGAAGACAGAGUGGAAUUGGGAAGAAGAGCUGGAAUUGUUAAGAGAGGAGGUGCAGAGUGUUGCUGAUCAGUGCAGGAAGGAUGAAACUAAAAAGAUGGUCAACACCAUCGAGCGGAAUUUCAAGAAGCAGAUUUCGGAACCAAUAGAGUUGGCACUCAACAAAGGGUCGCCCAAUAUGUGGGACGAGGUUUUGAAGGCGUUCCGGCAAACUCUAGACAAGGCUGAAUCAACUUAUUUGAUCAAAGCAACAAGCUUCAACUGCACGGAAGAAGAAAAUACGUAUUCUUUAGCCGCCCUUCGCCGACGUGCAUGGCAGGCCCUUCGGAGCAAGAUUGACGAGCAAACGGCAGACUCUGUGUUCGUAGGCAGACUACGAGCACAUUUCGAGGAACGGUUCCGAUACGACGAGCAGGGUGUACCCAGAGUAUGGAAGCCGGAAGAUGAUAUCGACGGGGUUUACAGAAAAGCAAAGGAACAAACCCUCGAGCUAAUUCCUCUGUACUCCAAAAUUGUGCCCCUAGAUUCCUCCGUGGCGUACGUUCUUCCUCCGGAUGCCAUCUCCUCGUCAGAUUCUGGUUCUUCUCUUGAGGAAGCUUUUGAUUUCGAAUCUUCCCUGGUAGUGUUUUCCGAAACUAAAGCUUUGGAUCUGGCAGCCAAGUUCCGAAAGGACGCGGAUUUGGCGUAUGUUGAGGCGAAACGGAGUACAGUGUCGAGUGUGGCUCAAAUUCCGUUUUGGAUGUAUGGUGUAUUGUUGGUACUGGGUUGGAACGAGUUCAUGAUGGUGUUGUUCAACCCUAUAUAUUUCAUGUUCUUGCUGAUGGCUGCCGCUGCUGCGUACCUCAUCAUACAACUUGGAUUAGCAGGCCCAUUACUAAGUAUCACGCAGACUAUGGGAUUAGAGAUCAAGCGACAAGCCACUCAAAAACUACGAGAGCACUUUUCCGAGCCUAUGCUUGCACAAGCACAGGCUCACAAUGCUCGGUCACAGUCGAGUUCCAUGAUCGAAGAAGAGGAUUACGAAUUGAGGAAACGACAGGAGGGAUCGCCCAUGUAA